AUGAGUGCUGGCCCCCCGCGGCAGCUGCCUCCCCUCUGGCCUUGGCUGCUCAUGGCUGCGCUGCAGGUCGGACUGGGCCACACGGAGCUGGCGCUGGCGGCYGCCGUCAAAUCGGAGCGCUCGGCGGCGCAGAAAGCCAUCAUCCGGGUGAGCCCCCUCAAAGUGGAGCCCAUCACCCUGGAAGGGGAGUUCGCCAGCGUCGCCGAGGUUACUCCAGCUGAGGGCAAACUGCUUCAGUCCCACCCACUGUCCCUGUGCAACACUAGUGAGGAUGAACACACGGAAACAGGAUUCAUCACCAUUGUCAAGCUUGAACAGCCGGAUCGAGACCCCAACCCGUGCCUGUCGUUGGCUAACAAGGCCAAGCUGGCGGGAGAGCGUGGAGCCCGAGCUAUCCUUUUUGACAUUACUGAUGAUGAAAGUGCUGCUGAUCAGCUGAGAAAGCCCAGAGGUCUGAGUCAACCUGUGGUUCUGAUCAGAGGCCACGAUGCUGAGCUUCUCAUGGGUGUCGUGAACAAGAACAGAGAGGCGCACGUGAAGAUAGAGGUCAAGGAGCCACCAGCUUGGCCAGAUUAUGACGUGUGGAUUCUUCUCACAGUGGUCAGCACUGUUGUCGUGAUCAUUUUGAUUUUUGUUGUCCGCACAAAGUGCCAGCUGAGCAGGACUCAGGACUCCUUGCAGCAGCAGACCAUGCAGGCCAUCGGGCAGCUCGCCACGCGCACCUACCAGCCCCGGUGCCGCCAGGCCGCGCGCUGGGACUCGGCCAGCAGCUGCAGCUCGGCGCCCGUCUGUGCCGUUUGCCUGGAGGAGUUCAGCGAGGGCCAGGAACUACGGAUCAUUUCGUGCUCCCAUGAGUUUCACCGGGAGUGUGUUGACCCCUGGCUGCAGCAACACCACACGUGUCCACUUUGCAUGUUCAACAUCCUCGCCCGAGACUCUGUGGAGCAGGCUGCAGGCCCUGGCUCCAGGCUGGCGCCGCGGGACCUGGAGCCUGGACGGCGGCUCCAUCUCUUCCGGCAGCACCCAGGACAUGCCCUUUAUCACCUGCCCCACGCCUAUCCCCAGCGGAACCUCAGGAGCUUCCCGCCGGAGCCUGCGCACGGCAACCCCUUCUUCCGCUCCCCGCAGCUCUCCCGGCUGGAUUUCGGCACUAUUCACUACGUGCCCUACAGGCCGGCCGGCUCCCUGCCCGCCUGCCGCCCUCCCUCCGCGCUGGUGCCCGCCGUGCUGGCCGCGCAGCAGGGCCCGGCCGCGGAGUGCGGGCAGCCGCUGCCCUCUCACCGGCCCUGCUCGCUGCCGGCGCCGUGCGCGGUGCUCAAGGCGGCGGCUGCGGCGCAGAAGCAGCACCGCGCAGCCCCGCCGCGCCGCGGAGCUGCCCUCGGCCACCAGCACAACAGCAGCGGCUCCGGCGAGAGCUACCUCACCGAGCACAGCGGGUACCUGGCAGACGGGCCGGGCAGCGACUCCAGCUCCGGGCCCUGUCACGGCUCCUCCAGUGACUCUAUGCUGAACUGCACAGACGUCAGUCUCCAGGGCAUCCACGGCAGCUGCUCUACUUUCCGCAGCUCCCUCAGCAGCGACUAYGACCCCUUCGUGUACUGCAGCUCGGAGGGACCUGCCGUGGACCACAGGCAGGAGCAGCAGCUGGCGAGGGAGACGCGGCCCAGGUCCUUGGACCUGCUCGUGCCUGGGGGUGCUGCUGCAGCCAAGCCCCAGGUGCUCGGCCAUGUCCACUACCACCAGCACUAUAGGAGAGAGGCCGAGUGCCCRUCCGGGCGUGCUGGGCCGAGCCCGCGCAAGUCCCGCUACCCUGGCACCAAAGUUGGCCUGCACAGUGCUCGGACGCAAAAGAGGACUGAGAAACCCCACCGCUGUCAGCAGCCUCUUGAAAGUAGCACUGUGUCACCAGAGGCCCCUCCGGCAGGGCAGCCCACCUGCCUCCAGCAAGGCCGUGAGCUUUCUGGGGCCCCUUCUGCCUCUCUGAACAGGCUGGACUUGGGCACAGAUGCUAGCAGGCUUUGGGGAGCAGCUGGCACGUCCCAUGUCCCACUGCCCCAGAGACACGGCUUACAUGGGCGUCAUCACAGAAGGAAAAGAAAGUGUCCCCUGGAGCCCAACCCUCCUCACCUCCCCGAGGACUCAGUCUUGCACAAAGCCUCCGAUGCCCGUGUUCCUUACAGCCAUCCCGCCGGUGACAGCUGCUCGCCGGAAGUCCAGCCCCUCAUCCCAAGUGCUCCCCUGCCCUGUGGCUCAGGCUCUCGGCCACUUUGGAAGUGUUUGGUCCCACAGUCCAGCUCGGAGCUGAAAAAGCAGGAGGACGGGUCCUCGGGCCAGGAGGGAAACCUCCUGGUUGCUGCUGAUUUCUCAGGGACGGGCGCCCCUGCUCCCAGUCUGCGUGUUCACCCUCACUGCCAGUCUCAGCGAUGUAGCCGGGGAUCUGAAGAGGAGGUCCAGGAUGUCCAUGAACACUCAGUUUAAUAAAAGACUGGCUCAUUUGCUCACUACAGAGACCUGGAGUGGAUAAGGAAGGUCAGAAUACCAGCAGGAGUGGAGGUCACACCUUGCUCUCUACGCAGGCCCUGUAAUAAAUACACAGGCCAGACCAAGAUGCAAACUGCAAAUAAGUAACGUGAUACUCCCUUGUGCUCUGCACACUUGUCCCCGUAUUGCUGUGGUCACACAAACACCGAGUCCUGUUUCCCAGGCACAGAGAGCCCAUCUUCAGCUCAGCUUCCAGCAUCAUCUGUUUGCGUGGCUAAGCUCGCUCCGAGACUUGCCUUGGGAGUCUCAAGCUGGAGAGCUCAGAAGAGUGAGUGCAAGCUGCUCUUCCAGCACGUUCAUGCCAUAGAAGGCAUUGCUAGAUACUUCAGAAAAUGAACAAGCCUUCGAGACCAAAAGCUGUAGCAGUGGCUUUCCRUAGCCUGGCAGCUCCUGACUUCAUUUCCUCACUUAGGUGAAAAGU